CUUCCUCGCCUUUCCUUGUGUUACUUGCAAUAACAAAUAAGCCCCUCUUUCUCUCUCUACCCUCUCUCUCUCUUUCUCAGCUAUUCCACAGCUCCAUCAAACCCUAACGACGAGACCAGUCGCUAUCGGCGACGUUGAUUCUCCUACUAAUUCCGAAACCUCGACGGCGCGGCCAAAAAUCUCCGCCGUGGAUUCAAUCUUCAUUGACGAUUCCUCCAAUUUUGUCCAAUUUCUUCCCCAAAUGUUCCAUCCAUUGUUUUUUAUUUAGGUUUUCGUCGUCGUCGGAGCCGAAACCGAUUUUGUUUGUCUGUGAAGAGGAGCGAACAGAGUCACUGAUUAUUCCAAGAGAACCUAGUUUUGUAUGAGAGACAAGAAGCUCUGCAAUAUUGAAGUGGUUUCAUGGAACUUUCUGUUUCCUCUCCAAAGCAAAGUGUGUUAUCUCCACCUGAUUGUAUGAGUGACCCUGAGGAGGAGCAUGAGAUCAGUGAGGAGGAGGAUGAUGAUCGCAACCAUAAGCACCGUAGGAAAGAAGAGACCAGGUCUCAGUCUUUGGAACAAGAUUCUUCAGAUCAGGCUUUCUCACGGCCGUACAGGAAAAACUAUAGACAUUAUGAAAAUGGCAAUUCGUUUAGUGAACAUGAAAAGCGGUCUUUUGGGACUGGAUCAGGGCAACGUGUACAGUUUGAUAACCAAAGAAUGAGGUCAAACCCAAUGUUUUCAAGGGACUCUGGUCCUGGUAGAGGUAGAGGAAACUAUGGUUCUUGGGCCCAGCGUGAUUCCAGGUUUAAUCCUGUUGAUCUCUCAUCUCAUAUGGUUCAAGUCGGGUCUAUGGGCCAGGGUAUGUUUGGAGGAAGGGGACUAGCUGGUGUUUCAGCUGCUCAAAGUGCACCAUGGCCUCCUUUUGGAAUGAUUCCUGGAGUUCCUAAUGGUGGCUUGGAUGGUUUCCAUCACUUACAAGGGUCCCUUAGACCGCCCUUAAAUGCGCCACUUAACAUGGGUAUUCCUCGGCAACGAUGCAGAGACUUUGAGGAACGUGGUUUCUGCCUCAGAGGGGACAUGUGUCCAAUGGAGCAUGGAAUGAAUCGUAUUGUUGUUGACGAUGUUCAGAGUCUAUCACAGUUUAACCUUCCCGUUUCAGUCCCUGGUGCACCUCAUCUGGCAGCUUCUUCUAAACAAGUGCCCGCUCAGUUUGGGGGUGCCAGUUUCAUGAAUCCUAAAGGAGCUCAUGGGAGGACUAACGAGGGGGGAAUGGCUGUUGAUGGUUUGGGUUAUGGGGAUGCAUAUCCUAGUGCUGGUGGAACUGACUUUUACGAUCCUGAUCAACCUUUGUGGAAUAAUAGUACUGGUGAAACUUCAGGUGCAAUAUCUACACUCAAUUCUCAUGGGGUUGAUGAGAAUGUGGCUCCACUGGAUGACAGUAACCAAGACGCCGCUGAAAAUGGGUGUGGUAUUAGAGACUCUAGAAGCACAAGUCAAUCAGUUUGGGGAAGAAUGAAAGGUUCUAAUAGUCAAGCAAAUUCCAAAGAGAAAGCUGAUGCAGUAUUAAAUUCAUCAGCUGUUCCUGAAGAUCAAUUGAAGGAGGUCUCAGUUAAUUCAUCUCGACACGGUAAACAAAACCAUGUUGGUGAAAGUGUCGCAAAAGUUGUUGAUUCAUCGAAUAUUUCAAAUGAUAUGAUGAACAAUACAAGGAAACCAACUCAAAAGGCAAUGCGGACUCUAUUUGUGAAUUAUGUUCCACACGAGAGCAACAGAAGGGACCUCAUUCUUGCCCAUUUUCAGAAAUUUGGGAAAGUUAUUGACAUUCACAUCCCAGUAAAUAGUGAGAGAGCAUUUGUGCAGUUCUCAAAACGUGAAGAGGCUGAAUCUGCCCUCAGGGCACCUGAUGCUGUGAUGGGUAACCGCUUCAUCAAACUUUGGUGGGCAAAUAGAGAUAGUAUACCUGAUAAUGGCCUGUCCACUGGCAGUGGUGCUUCUAUGAAGGGUCGUAGUAUGACUGCUUCUGGAGCACAGAACCAAUUUCCUAUUGCUGCUGCAUCGAAAAGCAACCAUGUAUCUUCAAUUGCUAAGGUCCCUACCUUCCAAACUGGUGGAGCUCCAUCCUCCUCUGAACAGCCUAAGCCUGUGGUGGUGACCACCAGUGGUCCCAAGGUUACGCCGCUUCAGCAGAAAAAAGCAGACACUCUUGAGCGGUUGAAGGAGACUCUUCGUAAAAAACAGGAAAUGCUGGAGCAGAAGCGUAACGAGUACCGCAAAAAAUUGGCUACACUUGAAAAACAAGGUACUGUUGUCAAGAGGGAGGAAGCAGAUGAGCCAGAUGCUAAGCGUGUUAAACUAGACACAGCCUCUGAUUCGGGAGCUGCAAUUGCAUCACCAAAAACAGAGUCAUCGACAGAUAAGAAAGUGCCUAUCCUGAAACCACUUUCCACCGCCAAACUAAGCACAGAAACGCCAUCACCCGAUUCAAAAAACUUUAAGCAAAGACCAUAUUCGUUUACCACAAGUUUGAACGCUCCUAUGGUAAAUAGGUAUAAGUUGGAUAACCGCACCACGACCAUCAAAGUGGUUCCUCCUUUGCCAACUGGGUUAGCUGAUGUUGCUGUCGUAAAGGAACAUUUUUCAUCUUACGGCGAAGUCUCAAAAGUGGAACUGGAAGACAAUGCAUCGAUUGAUAGUGGCAAGGAUCAUGAAACACAGAACGAAAGCCGUGCAGCUUGUGUCACAUUUGUGAAACGCAGCGCAGCAGAGAAAGCGUUUGCUAAUGCAAAGUGUUGGCAAGAACACACGUUGCAGCUCGUGUGGGUAACACGUCAAAGCAACAGAGAGAGCAACAAUAACAAUAACAAUAGUAAUAGUCUCUCUGUUUCUCGUGACAACCUUAGCAGCAAAAACAAGUGCGCUUCUGUCUCUAAUGACCCAAAACCAGCAGUUGAAGUCAAGACCUCCUCUACGGAAGAACCAGAGAAUACAAAUGUUUCUGGAGACAACGACAGUACUUUGGAUAAACAAGAGACCAAAGAAAGCGACAAUGAUAACAAUAAAAGUAACCACGAGUCCAUCGAAGGAGCUUCUGAGGUGAUUGCAACUGCAGGAACUGAUGAAGAACAAUCUGAACAAAUUCAUCAGUGAGGUAAUAUUUUUGUCUCAGAAACAUAUCUUUUGAGCUUGGAUCUGGUAUUUUAGUGAUCUUUUUCUCCGACUUAGGCUUUUAAGCCAAUUCGUGAGACGUUAAUAUUUGUUGGUAGCAAAAGAUAUAUACAUAUCUAAGUAUUUUGUUUUCCUUUUUUCGAUAGUAGAAUGUGAAAAAGAAAAGAGAAGACAAAAAAAAAAAAAAAGAAGUGUAUUGUUACAUUUGGCCUUCCAAGAACAUUUGGUUGGGUCUUUGUACCAGCAGAUCUUUGUUCCUUUUUUUCAGUCAUUAGCUGCUAUAAUUAUUUCAAUUUCUGUUGUAAAUAGUCUGGACAUUUUGAUUCCUUGUCAUUUAGAAAAAAAAUUGUGGAAUCCAGAAUCGGAAGCCAUUUUGAAAGUUUAUGCAGUGUUUUGGUAGACUUGUAUUAUUUUUUCCCUAGAUUUAGAAUCUUGCAACUACAUUGUUUUUUCAUUCAGUUUUAGCAUAGGGACAGUUGUAGAUAAACAAACAUUUGUAAUUCAAUGUCUCUCAACUAUUGAAUUUGGAAACUUAAGCACGUUUAUAACUGCCUUGUAAUUCAGUGUCUUAUGUUUCGAAUGUCUUAGCCUUUUAAACGUACUGCCAAGUUGCUAGCAAACGAGAAUUCUAACCAAAGCAAAAAAAAAAAAAAUGGAACCGAUGUAUCAAAUAUAGGGAUAACUUUAAUGCAUUGAUAAAUGUUUAAAAGAUAUAAUUUACAUAAAUUAUCCGAUCAAACUCUAUUUUCCGGGGACGAAGUUGGUGGC